GUUUCUACUCAUUGUUAUCGGAUAGAAAAAAUAUCUUCCACCUGUGCCGUUCCUAAGCUUCGGGAUUCGCUUUAUGAUGCGCAUUGGAGGGGUUUACUGGAGUUGAUUCGUGCCUCAGGCAUUUACUGCCACCGACCCACAUUCUCAAUCUUUUAUCACCACGUGACGCGGAGUUUGGCAGAAACGGAGAAAAAAAAAAGAGAAAAGCGGUCUCGCGCGAUUCCAGGCCUUUUACCACCAGAAUUGUUUCUGUGUUUUCGCAGUGAAGGAAUCACUUGAUCCCAGACCAUCCGCGAAAAUGCCGAUCCCCGUGGACUCUGCAAAGACUCUCACCAAGAAGCGCAAGAGAAAGCACGGCGGAGGCGCCCGCCCUGCGACCGACAACGAGGAAGUCUCCUCCGCAGCUGAAAAUGCAGCCGUGACCGAAGUCGCCGACAAUGAGAAGAAGGAAGCUGCCACGGGCCCCAAGAAGAAUGGCAGCAAGAAGAAGGAGUCGUCCAAGAAGCGCCGGGUCGAUAACUCCGACGAAGAGGCGAAUGACAGCGACGAGGAGAUUCGCCAGGAGGUGGUAGAGGAAGAUGGGGAGGAGGAGGAGGCGGAGGAGGCGGAUAAUGAUGAGGAAGAAAAGACUGUCGGUGCUGAUCUGCCUUCGGUCGAUACUGUUCGCCUGCCAACGACAGACUCGGAGCCCAAGAAGUUCUCGGAGUUGAAUCUGUCGGAGAAGACGAUGAAGGCUAUCCAGGAAAUGGGUUUUGAGACCAUGACUGAAAUUCAACAACGGACCAUUGGACCGCUGCUUGCUGGUCGUGAUGUCCUCGGUGCUGCGAAGACGGGCUCUGGAAAAACUCUCUCUUUUCUGAUUCCCGCUGUCGAGAUGUUGAGUGCUCUGCGGUUCAAGCCCCGUAACGGUACUGGUGUUCUCGUGGUUUCUCCCACUAGAGAGUUGGCCCUCCAGAUCUUCGGUGUCGCCAGAGAAUUGAUGGCGCACCACUCCCAGACAUAUGGUAUCGUUAUUGGUGGUGCCAACCGAAGAGCUGAGGCCGAGAAGCUCACCAAGGGUGUCAACUUGCUCAUUGCCACCCCUGGACGUUUGCUCGAUCAUCUGCAGAACACCCCUGGAUUUGUUUUCAAGAACUUGAAGACGCUCGUUAUCGACGAGGCGGACCGUAUCCUGGAAGUCGGUUUCGAGGAUGAAAUGCGCCAAAUCGUCAAGAUCCUGCCCUCCGAAGAAAGACAGACCAUGCUGUUCUCCGCUACCCAGACCACCAAGGUUGAGGAUCUGGCCCGGAUAUCGCUCCGCCCUGGCCCCUUGUAUAUCAACGUUGACCACCGGAAAGAACAUAGUACGGUUGAGGGAUUGGAGCAGGGAUACGUCAUUUGCGAGGCGGACAAGCGGUUCUUGCUUCUGUUCUCUUUCCUCAAGCGCAACCUCAAGAAGAAGAUCAUUGUUUUCUUCUCCAGCUGUAACUGCGUCAAGUACCACGCCGAGUUACUUAACUAUAUCGACCUCCCCGUUCUCGACCUUCAUGGCAAGCAGAAGCAGCAGAAGCGUACCAACACCUUCUUCGAGUUCUGUAACGCCAAGCAGGGAACCCUGAUCUGUACGGACGUUGCUGCUAGAGGUUUGGAUAUUCCGGCUGUGGACUGGAUUAUCCAGUUCGAUCCCCCAGAUGACACCAGAGAUUACGUUCACCGUGUCGGUCGUACCGCCCGUGGUGUGAACGGUAAGGGACGCAGUUUGAUGUUCCUUCAGCCUUCCGAGGUUGGGUUCCUGAAGCACCUGAAGGAGGCUCGUGUUCCUGUCGUGGAGUUCGACUUCCCCGCCAACAAGAUCGUCAAUGUCCAGUCUCAGCUCGAGAAGCUGAUCGGACAGAAUUACUACUUGAACAAGUCUGCGAAGGAAGGUUACCGUGCCUAUCUCCAGGCUUAUGCCUCACACUCGCUCCGCUCCGUCUUCGACGUGCACAAACUCGACCUUGUUAAGGUGGCCAAGGGCUUCGGUUUCUCAACGCCACCCCGCAUUGAUAUCACACUAGGCUCCAGCCUCAGCCGCGACAAGAAGCAGCAGCAGCAGGGCCGGCGCAACUACGGCAGCCAACCCGGGAACAAGGGGCUGAAGUUCAAGCGGAAGCACGAUGACGAUUAAUGUGUCAGCGUAGAGCAAAAGUGAUUGAUUGUAACAUUGUGUGGUUUCUGAAUUUUGGCAUAUAGUCUCGGAGUUUGAUACUGUGGAUAUCUGGCUUGUCUUCUACAUAUGGUUGAUUCUCAAUUGUACUCGUUCUUCAUCUCGUACUAGCUGAGCAGCACGCAGGAUUUAGACACAUUGAAGCCAUAAUCAAGAGCAUAAACAUGAG